AUGGAACCCAGUGUCCUGCUCCUCCUCGUGCUCCUUGUUGGCUUCUUGCUGCUCCUAGUCAAGGGCCACACAAAUGCCCAUGGCCACCUCCCACCAGGACCCCGUCCCCUGCCCCUCUUGGGGAACCUCCUGCAGAUGAACAGAAGAGGCCUCCUCAACUCCUUCAUGCAGUUUCGAGAAAAAUAUGGAGAAGUGUUCACAGUGCACCUAGGACCGAGACCUGUGGUCAUGCUGUGUGGGACAGGGGCCAUAAGGGAGGCUCUGGUGGACCAAGCUGAGGCUUUCUCUGGCCGGGGGACAGUUGCUGUGAUUGAGCCAACUGUACAGGGAUAUGGUGUGAUCUUUGCCAAUGGGGAACGCUGGAAGGUCCUUCGGCGAUUCUCUGUGGCCGCCAUGAGAGACUUUGGGAUGGGGAAACAGAGUGUGGAGGAGCAGAUGCAGGAGGAGGCCCGGUGUCUGGUGGAGGAGCUGCAGAAAUCCCAGGGAGCCCCCCUGGACCCCACCUUCCUCUUCCAGUGCAUCACCGCCAACAUCAUCUGCUCCAUUGUCUUUGGAGAGCGCUUUGACUACAAAGACGGCCAGUUCCUGCGCCUGCUGGACCUGUUCUAUCAGACCUUCUCACUCAUCAGCUCAUUCUCCAGCCAGAUGUUUGAGCUCUUCUCUGGCUUCCUGAAGUACUUUCCUGGUACCCACAAACAAAUCUCCAAAAACCUGCAGGAAGUCCUUGACUACAUUGGCCACAGCGUGGAGAAGCACCAGGAGACCUUGGACCCCAGCAAUCCAAGAGACUUCAUCGACACCUACCUUCUACGCAUGGAGAAGGAGAAGUCCAACCCACACACGGAGUUCCAUCACCAGAACCUCAUGAUCUCCGUGCUUACUCUCUUCUUUGCUGGCACCCAGACCAACAGCACCACGCUCCGCUAUGGCUUCCUGCUCAUGCUCAAGUACCCCCAUGUUGCAGAGAAAGUCCAAAAGGAGAUCGAUCAGGUGAUCGGCUCACACCGACUCCCAACACUUGAUGACCGCACCAAAAUGCCAUACACCGAGGCCGCCAUCCAAGAGAUUCAGAGAUUUUCAGAUCUUGCUCCAAUUGGUAUUCCACACAAAGUCACCAAAGACACUUUGUUCCGAGGGUACCUGCUCCCCAAGGACACUGAAGUGUACCCCAUCCUGAGCUCAGCUCUCCAUGACCCACAGUACUUUGAACAACCAGACACCUUCAAUCCUGACCACUUCCUGGAUGCCAAUGGGGCACUGAAGAAAAUUGAAGCUUUCAUGCCCUUUUCAACAGGAAAGCGCAUGUGUCUUGGAGAAGGCAUCGCCAGCAACGAAUUGUUCCUUUUCUUCACCACCAUCCUCCAGAACUUCUCUGUGUCCAGUCCCGUGGAUCCUAAGGACAUUGACAUCAGUCCCAAGGAGAGUGGUGUAAGCAAAAUCCCACCAAAGUACCAGAUUCUCUUUCUGCCCCGCUGAAUGGGCGGAGGGAAGAGGGUCAACGGAUUUCAAUGCUCUCACUUCUGUCUGUGGUGUCAUGUUCUCCCCUAUGAACGGAAUUGACAAAGAAAAGGAAAAACCAGUCCAGUGCCUUUCUUGAAGUAUGAACAGAGAGACUUCUGGAGACCCCAGCUUGUU